AAAUAGACGAAUCCCGUAACUGGAUGUGAUCAAAAUAUUGAGUCCUACUUUCACGUUCAAAAGCAAUAACAAUGAGUGUGCUUGACGUAAACCUAGCCAGAAAAAAUUUAAUGGAUGUGUUAGGGGAAUCAUCAAAGAGCUACUUUGCACAUCUCAAAUCAUGGUUCUGCAUGAAGACAACGAAGGAGGAGUUUGAUCGCCAGGCCAGAUUGUUCUUGAAAACAGACCAGGUUCAUCUACACAAUGAUUUUCUUCUGGCCAUUGUUACAAAAUGCCAAAGCUUAUGCCAACCUUCAACAUAUGUCUAUCAUGGUGUGAAACACAAACCCACUGUUGUUUCUGAAGUUGAAAAAAUAAGACCAACAAUAGUACCUCAAAGAAAGGUUCAUUCUUGUGAAAUCAAACCAAUCACUGUGACAAGACAAGUUCAACCGAAGAACAAACCUCUAAGCGUCAACUUUGAUAAUCGAUUUCAACCAGUGAGCCCGGUUUCUCUGUUACCACCUUCGAUCCCUCGCACAAUCGAGAAACCUCAAGUGCGUUAUUGUAGCCAAGAUCUCACCCUACCCGACGCUGGUCUCGUCCACGGUCGAAUGCUAGUGGCAGCUUGGGAUGUUGGUUUGGACCAUGGGUGUGAAGAUAAAGCCAUCAAACUGAUACUGGCAGCUACCAAGCAGUUCCUACGAGAAUUGAUUGUUGCCAUUGUUACGAACCGGAAAGGAUAUCGCAUUCGAGAGAACAAAGUAAUAUAUUCGAUUGGUCAGCCGACGCUAAAUCCUUGGCUUCACAAUUCAUGGUCGGUCCAUGAUAGUACCAGUAAUAGUUAUGGGACUGAGAUCUCCCAGUUAGCUGAGCCACCUCAUGUGCCAGCCAUACCACAGACAAUUCAGAAUGCAGAACGAGACUCGGCGUUCUACCUUGCUUGUACCACUGAACAAGUUACCUCACUUCAGCCCAUUUCCGUCCUUGAUGUUUUUCAGACGUUACAAGUAAAGAAAAGCGUCAUACCCUGGCAUACAGUCCACGCCGUAAACAUGGAACGUAUCUCACAACGCCUUUACCACCCCAAUUAAGUAUUAGUGUAAAGCUACUUCAAAGAAAAUUCAAUAAAAAAAAUGUAUUGUCGACGAGGAGUGGCCACGAGAAGUCAAGAAUGCCGGGCAACCUUUCUUUUUUUUUGCCAAGACAUUGCAUCACUUUUUUCUCAAAAAUUCUCCUAUAAAGUACACGCAUCAACACCGCA